AUGCCUUUUCCUUCCUUCACACAGCUCAAGGCUUAUUUCCGCCGACGGACACUGAAAGGGUCUAGCGCCCGAAGAAAAUCCUCAACUUUUGGCAAUGCCACUCAUGCUUCAGAUGCGGCUGGUGCUCUCGCUCACGACAAAGUCAUCCAACAAAUUGUAAUCGAUGCUAUGGGACUCGGACACUGUCGCGACAGCUCUCAUAUUGCCACUCCCAACAUCCAAAGUGACACCCCAACUGCCACUCCCCAACCUCCGACGACCUUCGUUGAGCAUUUUCAGUCAGAUAUCCAAAGCAGAACCGCGACACUUGAAUAUUUCGUGCGCAAAAGCCAUUUUCGUCAUGGCAUUAAAUGUCACGGCCACAACUACAGGUUUUCUCGCGUUCUCGGUAGAGGGUCCCAUGGCGUAGUCAGGUUAGCUUACGAUGGAUCAAAGGACCGCCCUGUGGCUAUCAAAAUUGUCGACAGGACACGAUUACUCAUCGAUGGUGUCCCAGUGGCUAAGGGUGAGAAAGAGGAUGGUUACAUCUCCGAUAUAUGUAGGGAACGCGAUGCGUUGAGACUUGCGGGUGCAACAGGAUCCCCUUUCCUUCCUACCUUGUUGUCUUUCUUUCAAGACCUUCAGUAUUUCUAUCUCGUCAUGCCACGAUACUAUAUUUCUCUCUCGCAUCGCCUGGAAGAGUUAACAGACUCCAAUCAGGUCAUGAACAUGACAGAAUUAAGACACCAUGCAGCUGAAAUUGUCCUUGCUGUCGAAGCCCUGCAUCAUUAUGGCUGUUUUCACUGUGACAUAAAACCGGAAAAUCUCAUGUUCACUGAGCAAGGGCACCUGGUCCUUGUCGACUUUAGCCUAUCUGAGAUAGGGUCCGGAGUUCUUGAGGCGGGAGGACGGGGUACACCCGGAUAUAUUCCUCCAGAAGCCCUUGACGGAAGAUCGUACUAUUCUGGACACGCUGCCAACAUUUAUGCUAUGGGGGUCGUUUUUCUUCAGAUGUAUCUUUGUCCGCGCAGAAACUAUGACAUUUUCAAUGACAAGGGGGAUAUAACCAUGUCUGUUUGGGCAACUUGGCAUCGCAAUGAAGAAGUUGCCGAAGGCCUGAUACAAGAGCUCAUGGAAAAAAACCCGGAUGUACGUUUACCGAUGCGCAUCAUCAAGGCGCAUCCAUUCUUUUACCCUGGCUUAGAUUGGCACAAAGUACAAAUGAUGGAGUAUGAAUCUCCUUAUGUUCCAACGAGAACCCUGUCCGGGAUGCAUCAUACCCGCAAUUUACAGUCUACAACAAGACGUCAUUCGCAAAUUAACGAAAUAAUGUCCAUUGAACCAUUACAAAAGAACGGCAGUGAGCGGGUGGAUGCCGGCCGCAAAGGAGACGCCGGUCGCGAGCUGGAACCAGCAAAGCCUUCAACAUCUGAUUUGAAAGCGCAUCAACAUCGAGUGGAUACUGAUUCUCCCGAGAUACGAAAGACCAUGCCCGAAUGACGUAGUUCAUCUAGCUAGCCUUCAUACUGAAUGUGGUUCUUUUUAUAUUCCGUGUACGAUAGUUUCAAUUACAUAUUCUGGGUUAUACUAGGAAUAGUAACGCUUGUCUGGUCUCGUCGAUGAGCAGCGAGGCCGCCUUUCAGUCAUUCUUGCUUGCCUAUCGUUGCUCCGCGAGUUCAAACUCGAAUGCCUACUGCCCUUGCGAGAUCCGGGUGCUUUAUUUCUCCCAGCUUCAUUGAUACGAUUCAUUGUUGUGAGAAUUU